AAAUGAGAUAGAUCUAGGCACACCCAUUCCCCAAACAACUCCAAUUCUUCUUCUUCUUCUUCUUCUUUUGUUCCGAUCAUGGUUCUCUCUAAGGCUGUUUCGCAGUCCGAUGUCUCCGUCCACUCUACCUUCGCUUCUCGCUACGUUAGAACCUCUCUUCCAAGGUUCAGAAUGUCUGAUAACUCGAUCCCAAAGGAAGCAGCGUACCAGAUCAUAAACGACGAACUUAUGUUGGACGGAAAUCCUAGGCUGAACUUGGCGUCGUUUGUGACGACUUGGAUGGAGCCUGAGUGCGAUAAGCUUAUUAUGUCCUCUAUUAACAAGAACUACGUAGACAUGGACGAGUACCCCGUUACCACUGAGCUUCAGAACCGGUGUGUGAACAUGAUAGCGCAUCUUUUCAACGCGCCAUUAGGUGAGUCAGAGGCUGCAGUGGGAGUGGGAACAGUGGGAUCCUCUGAAGCCAUCAUGUUGGCUGGUUUGGCUUUCAAAAGAAAGUGGCAAAACAGACGCAGGGCCCAAGGCUUGCCCAUCGAUAAGCCCAAUAUUGUUACUGGAGCCAAUGUCCAGGUGUGUUGGGAGAAAUUUGCAAGGUACUUUGAGGUGGAGUUAAAGGAGGUGAAGUUAAGAGAAGGGUACUAUGUGAUGGACCCUGAGAAAGCCGUUGAGCUAGUUGAUGAGAACACCAUCUGCGUUGCUGCUAUUUUGGGCUCCACUCUUAAUGGUGAAUUUGAAGAUGUCAAACUACUAAAUGAUCUUCUUGUAAAAAAGAAUGAAGAAACUGGAUGGGAUACUCCCAUUCACGUGGACGCAGCAAGUGGUGGCUUCAUAGCACCAUUUCUAUAUCCGGAACUGGAAUGGGACUUCCGGCUCCCGCUUGUGAAGAGCAUCAACGUUAGUGGGCACAAGUACGGCUUGGUCUAUGCCGGAAUCGGUUGGGUCGUCUGGAGAAGCAAAGAAGACUUACCAGAUGAGCUCAUCUUCCACAUCAACUAUCUUGGGGCGGACCAACCCACUUUCACUCUCAACUUCUCAAAAGGUUCUAGCCAAGUCAUUGCUCAGUACUACCAACUAAUAAGGUUGGGUUAUGAGGGCUACAGGAAUGUCAUGGAGAAUUGUACGGAGAACAUGAUAGUACUGAAAGAAGGUUUGGAGAAAACAGGUCGGUUCAACAUAAUCUCUAAAGACCAAGGAGUACCAUUGGUGGCCUUCUCAUUGAAAGACAACCAUAGCCACAACGAGUUCGAGGUGUCGGACAUGCUGAGGCGCUUCGGCUGGAUUGUCCCGGCCUACACCAUGCCUCCCGAUGCCCAGCACAUCACUGUGCUGCGCGUCGUGAUAAGAGAAGACUUCUCACGCACCUUGGCCGAGCGUCUGGUCAAUGAUAUCCAGAAAGUUCUUAAUGAGCUUGAUGCUCUUCCCUCGAAGCUUCUCACUGCCAAGAUGGCUGUCACUGAGGAUGACAAUGACCUUGUUCCUCCCGGUAGUCCUGUCAUUGCUAAGAAGAGUGCCUUGGAGAUGCAAAGGGAGAUCACUACCAUUUGGAAGAAGUUCGUCUUGGACAGGAAGAAGACCAAUGGUGUUUGUUGAAAUUAACACCACCAUCUACCACUACCUCUACGUAACUAUUUGUUAUUUAUUGGCUUAAUUAAUUAUCAGUUUUAUUUCUCUGUGAUCGAAUUAUAUUUUGAUAUUUGUGUGUCCAUGAGGCAUUUAUAUAUAGCUAGAUCACUAUUGAGUAUGGAUUUGUUUUUGUUUGUAAUUUGUUAUUCGACGUGGUAACUUAUAAUUAAUCAAACUUCUCUGUUUAUGCUUCUCA